AAUUAGUUAAUUUUGUAAUUGUUUGUAAAUUGUUUGUAAACUAAUUUGUUUUUGUUUUCCGAAUUUUUGUUUGCUCCAAGUCAUGAUCGCUAGCAAAUCGAAGCAGAAAAGCUCUCAUCGGUCAUCUCUAGUUGUCGCAAAUAACUUAGUCAUCGGUUUAAUCUGUUUACUUCUCUUUCUAAACCUAAAAAAUGUAAUCUAAGCAUUUAUCUGCAAUUACAAUAUGGAUGGUCUUAGACUAGAUACCGGCCAGUUAGACAAACAGCUUACCUGGUUGUUGCGACAUGGCGCUCAAAAGGAGGGACUGGCUAUCGGGGAAGAUGGGUUUGUAGCCGUCGCCGACAUUCUGCAGCAUCCUAUGUUUGAAGACCUGUCCCUGACAAGCUUAAAGCAAAUCGUUGCCAGUGAUAAUAAGCAGCGAUACACAUUGCGGCGGAACCAACAGAACACUGCUUAUGAAAUACGCGCCAAUCAGGGACACUCAUUGCCUGUUGUACAAGCAGAAGCCUCCUUGCAACGUAUUCUGGAGGCCAGUGAGGUCCCUAUGGCUGUACACGGGAUCUACUACAGGAACUGGAAACGCAUAAUGAAUGAGGGCCUCAAGCGUUUUCCACGCAAUCAGGUGCAUUUUGCUGCAAGCGAUAAAUUGGCAAAAGCAGCAGGUGGAAUUGGUGACAAUAUAUCCGGCUUGCGACAUGACUACCCUGUGCUUAUUUAUUUGAAUGUAGCCAAAGUUCUGGCUGAUGAAAUUCCACUUUAUCGUUCCACAAACAAUGUUAUUCUAUGCGCUGGAGUAAAUGGGUGCAUUACAUCUUCGUAUUUUGAGCGCGUUGUAGAUAGACGUUCUGGAAAAAACUUGAUGCUUUAAACGAAGCUUAAACUAUGUGAUGUUUUUUGUAACGUAUUUAAUCUUACUUGAAAUAUAUAUAUCCGAAACUUGUGUCAAAACAA